AUGAGAUCUUUAGGUCAAAACCCAUCAGAAAGUGAAUUGACUGAUAUGAUUAAUGAAGUUGAUGUCGAUAGUGAUGGAUCUAUUGAUUUCCCAGAAUUUUUGACCAUGAUGGCUAGAAAGAUGAAAGAUACAGAUUCGGAGGCCGAAAUUGCAGAAGCUUUCAAAGUUUUUGACAGAAACGGAGACGGUAAGAUCAGUGCUGCUGAAUUAAGACAUGUUUUAACCUCUAUUGGUGAAAAAUUAUCUGAUGCUGAUGUUGAUCAAAUGAUUAGAGAAGCUGAUGUUAACAACGACGGUGAAAUUGAUAUUCAAGAAUUCACCCAAUUAUUAUCUACUAAAUAG